ACUAAUAAACUCAGCAAAUAGCCAAGUUAAAACAAAACUCAAAUAGAUAACCGGUUAUGCUAUCAAGAACCAAUCCAUAGAUUUUCGUGGAGAACCGGGCCGGUCCUUCAUGUAAAGGUAGAAUUUCUUCGUAGAAAAUACAAACUCCAAAACAAAUCCCAAGUGGACAACCGACGAACCCACAAAACUAACUCUCUCACUCUUUCUCUAUCCAUCUAUUGUCCACAUAUACUUGCUUUUUUAUAUUUCCAUAUCCUCCUUAUAUAUCGCUAAUAUCUUAUUACAUCAUAGGACCUUACGAAGCAAACAAUCUCUCUUUUGUUUGGAAGAGAGAGAGAGCCAGAGAAUAACAUAACAAGAGAGAGAGGUUUGCUUUAUUACACACACAUCCGUUUAAAAAUGCCAACGUCGAUACAGUUUCGGAGAUAUUCCACCACCGCAGAAGCAGCCAACGCCACCGUCAGCACCUAUCAUCACCACCACCACAAACAUCUUCAGAAAGUGAUCCUCACGCGUGGGAUGGCUGAUGUGCCGGAGCACGUGGAGCUUUCCCACACGCACGUGGUGGGUCCCUCCCAGUGCUUCUCCGUCGUGGUGCAGGACGUGGACGCUCCAUCUUCAGCCGUGUGGUCGAUACUUAGCCGCUUCGAACACCCUCAAGCGUACAAACACUUCGUUAGGAGCUGCCACGUAGCUGUCGGAGACGGUCGAGAGGCUGGCUCCGUGAGGGAGGUCCGAGUCGUCUCUGGUCUCCCCGCGACGUUCAGCUUAGAGCGACUUGAGAUCAUGGACGAGGGUCACCACAUCAUGAGUUUCAGCGUCGUGGGUGGAGACCACAGGCUUCAGAACUACAGAUCGGUGACGACGGUGAACGAGUCGCCGGACGAUAACAAGAAGACACGUGUUGUUGAGUCAUACGUCGUUGACGUACCAGCGGGUAACGAUAAGGAAGAGACUUGUAGCUUUGCCGAUACCAUCGUACGUUGCAAUUUGCAAUCGCUGGCUAAACUCGCCGAGAAGCCAUCUAAAUUAUCGUGAUUACAGUUUUUUUUUUUUUAUCAACUCUCUUUUUUUACCAAACUACAAAAAAAUGAAGAGGGUUUUGUUUUUUCGAAGUUAGGGUUUUAAGGUUUGCUAAACGUUCGUUUCGAUGAUACUUUAGUUUACCUGUAAAAUCAUUUCUUCUUGUACUCUUUUUGUAUAUAUAAAUCUCGUAGCUUUAAAAUCAACAGAACAUUGUUUGUUUAGGUUCUUAAUUUCCAUAAUAUUCCUCGUGCCCAGUUACGUUACAUAUGUAUGAUCUUUGGUUAAUGUUGAAACAGUAUAAUGAAUCAGCUAAUGAGUGUUGUUUCUAUA